AUGGACGACCAUGGCGACUUUGACAAUGUAUCGUGGCAACGAGAAGAUGCUCCUCCCGAGUCAUCUGUUGCGUUUCAAGCGAACCUACCUGACAGACCUGCAACCGGUCGAAGAAGCGAGAGUAUGUCCAGUGAGCCACAGGCCGGUGAAGAGGCGGACGCCGUCGAUCUAGCAGGAAUAGGUCGAGAAGGAAUACUUGAAGUGACCGUCGACCAACCUCUCAAAGAGAACGACGGCACGAAAGAUGCAUACGUAUCAUAUUUGGUUACUACACAUACAGACUUCAAGACGUUCCAGAAGUCAGAGUUCUCCGUCCGGCGACGCUUCACAGACUUCGUAUUCCUACGGCAAGCCCUACACCGAGAUUAUCAGGCGUGCGCAAUUCCCCCUCUACCCGAAAAGAACAAUAUGGCCUACGUCCGCGGCGACCGUUUCAGCACGGAGUUUACGCAGCGAAGAGCAUGGUCAUUACACCGAUUUCUCAAACGGUGCACACUGCAUCCCGUCCUACGCAGAGCACCCAUCUUAAUCCUCUUCCUCGAAACCGCCGACUGGAAUGCUCAAAUGCGAAACAGACCUUCACGGAGUAACACCAUUGAAGCGGCGGCCAACGCAGCGGCGCCAACGGGGUUCUUCGAUAACGUCGCAGACACCAUGCUCAACGCCUUCUCCAAAGUGCACAAGCCCGACAAGAGAUUCAUCGAAGUCACGGAGCGGGCGAACAAACUUGACGAGGAUCUCGCUCAUGUAGAAAAGAUAAUAGCCAGAGUCGCUCGGCGGGAAGGGGACCUGGAGACCGACUACGCGGAUCUAGCCUCGAACAUGCGGAAACUUACACCUCUCGAGCCGACCAUCGAAGCCCAGUUACAGACUUUUGCAGGCUGCAUCGAAGAAACGUCCAGGGGAUGGAAAGGGGUGAAAGAUCAUACAGAUCAAAACUACCUCGGCAGUCUACGGGACAUGGAAGCCUACAUCAACUCGGUAAAGGGCCUCUUGAAAACCCGAGAACAGAAGCAACUCGAUUUCGAGGGGCUUACGGAAUACCUGCAAAAAGCCACGGCCGAGCGCGAUUCUCUCGCGUCAAACAACCCCUACUCUCACGGCUCCAAUCUAAACCCCGCCACAUUUAUCCGGAACAAAGUUGAGGACAUGAGAGGUGUCGACCACGAUACAGCACGGAGAGAACGAGCGCGGAAACUGGAGCUGAGGAUUGCUGAGCUGAAUCGUGAAGUCGACAGCGCCAAGGGGACAAGCGAAAUGUUCGAUGAGCAGGUUGUUCGCGAAGUUGCGGACUUUGAACGGAUAAAGGGCCUGGAGUUUAGGGACAGUCUGGGAGCAUUGGCGGUACAGCACAUUGAUUUCUACCAGAGUGUCAUUUCGACAUGGGAGCGAUUCUUGAUCGAUAUGGAUGCGGACAAUAAGGACAAGGGCAGGGCGACCUGA